AUGGUCCCUGCAAUCUCUCGUUCAGUAACUGAGAGAUUAUGUGGACGAGAGUCUCGACCUCGAGCCGUCAAGACUGCACCACUCGGCCCCUCGGCAGCAAACACCGCCCCUUCCGAAAUCUUGUUCCAAAUAUUCUGCAUGCUGAGUCCUCGAGAUUUCGAUAAUGCCCGGCGAACAUGCUCUCAAUGGAUGCGCGUCAGCUUGAAUCAAGACUUAUUAGAAAGCAUGCUGAAGCGAGCUGGCUGGUGGGAUGUCUGGCAACGGGAUUGCCAAAUGCAGCAGUGCAUUUUAUCCGGUCGAAAAAUUAAUGUCGAACGACGGGGGUUUCUGACUACGAGUGUUAUCGACUUUUCCAAGCUGUCACAAGGAAAACUAACCCCAAGGCAUCGUGGGCCUUUGUUUCAUCCAGCUCCUACAGCCAUGACCAAGUUCAGCGUCAGCAAUUGUGGCAAUUACUUGCUCGUAACGUCGGGUCGCGUGGUCUAUGUUUAUCACCUUCGGACUAGGAAAUCUGGGAAUUCAAUCCCGGUGUCCUUGAACGACAUGGCUGACACGGACAUUACCCUUUUAGCGAGCAUUCCUUGUCCUAUCGAAGUACUGUCCGCGACUAUCGACACAAGCACACCAAAGCUCGUCGUUGCUGUAUUGCUACGAAAUCGCGUAGGAAUGGUCUGCGAUCUUGUCUCUACCAAUGACAACACCCCGGGAUGCGAUACAACCAAGAACGGUUACAAUUCUAUGCAAAACCAAAUGCAUCUGUUAAAUCCCGCCUCACGACAUUACUUCAUCAACCUCUGUUCACCGGAUGAUCCUCCGCGCAGCGUAUCGAUUUGUCCAGGCCGUCGAUGCGUGGCCUUUGGCUGUGGGACCGGUAUCGAGCUACAUUGGGUGGAUGAGAGCACCAAGCAAGAUUGCCGGAAGCAUUUCCCAAUGUCACAGCCAUCAGAGGUUUUACACUUCCUACCAAACCGAACAGAAACUCCCAUGGAGCUGCGACUUGUCUCGUCCCUGGCCGGUCCUGGCAUGCCAGGAUGUCAGUGCCAUAUUCCCUUGUACGGAGAAAGUCGACCGAUAUGUCAAUUGCACCAUAUGGCCGGUACCCGCUCAUUAACUCGUUGGACUCCAGGGGAGAAUGGCAACGUGAGCCUUGUGAAAGCUACGCACUGUCAUCACUACCGAGCUAUUCCUAUCAAUGAUGGUUUACAUCUUUUAUUCAUUGAACCUCGUACGGGGUUGCUCUGCAUUGGAUCUGACUCUCCUAUUGGUGGGCCAACUAGCUUGACGCGUGCGCUUAUCUGUGUUCCACCAUACGGAAAGUAUACAUCUGAUGGCAUCAAAGAGGCGUUGGUUCCUACUGUUUUCGCAGUGGGCUCAGACCUCAGCUGGGGAUUGCGCAUUGUGGCCGCCUACCAGGAUAGACUUAUCCUGUAUUCUGUGCCUCUCGAUGUUUUCAAUGUGAUCCGAAAAGAGCGUGAAAGACAGGGUGAUGGCGUGAUGGGCGAUAGUGAUAUAGCUAGAGAUUGGUUCCUUGAUGGGGAUAGAUCACGAACACGCCGCGAAAGCCUGGUCCAGAACCAGAAUGGAGACUGGGAGUUUCUUCUCAGUGUGAGCUACCGACCCACAGCCAUGAUGUGGCCGUUCAAGAUAUACGGCAAGGAAAUCGGACGGAUGGAGAAUGUUGUCGAACUUUCUCUUCAAUCAUCCUACGGAGGAGCUCGUGUUUGGGCAUUUGGGGCGUCUGGGAAAACAAACAUAAUUGACAUCGACACCUUCACUACCACCACUCAACGUGCAUCUGAUAUCCCCUGCAAGUCUUUGGUCAUCGACACCGACGGUAGUGUUGCCUCUGCACAGCUGGUUGACCGCACUGAGCCAGGUCUUCUAACGCCACAAUCAAGUCGCAAACGAAAGCAAUUUGAAGAGCGCGAAACCUUCGUUGGGAAGCAUUCGGCCGCCUACCCUUUCCAUAACACGUUGCUGAAUAGGUUUGAUCCAUCAGUCUUCUCCAGAGGCGAUAUACAGCUAGCCAACGCAUCAGCGAAACGACGUCCCUCUCUCACUGCAUGCAUUGUUGACUUCAAAGUGCCUGAACUUGGUUGUCGUGAAGGAAGAUGGGUUGAAAAUAGUUGUGCUUAG